UUGUCGGGUAUUGUGUUACCGUACUUAACUGAUGGCGGAUUAAAAGAGGGUGAUGUGAUACGGGCGUGUGUGUGUGUGUGUGUGUGUGGCGGGCAGCGGGGCGACGGCGGCGGGCGGCGCGUGGCGUGGCGCGCGGGCGUGGCGGCGGGCGCGCGCGCUGGUCGCCUGCACCGCCGCGACACGCCGCACCACCUCAAGAACAAGCGCGUCAGCCACAUCGACGCGGCCCGCGCGCGCGACCUCAUCGCGCAGGUGCUGGCAUGCCAUGCCCUGCACCACUUGUGCAGCACUGUACCGUGUCGCGAGCCACGCCGCCUAUUACAUUGUGUCGACACCUUCACCAUUUAUACACACCCUCGGCCAGCGCAAUGA